AUGGCGGAAAAACCAGCUCAGGCAUCCACCGACGUGAGUAGCGCUCCCACUACCCAAGAACCAUGUAUUGCGACGCCGGAGCGCGAUCGCGACAGCACUGUAAGCGAUACCUAUCGUCUUAAAUCCGAACUGGUUAGCAAAGCGUUCUCAGAGAUGGGUAUUGGGCGAUAUCAAUGGCAGUUAUUACUCGUUACUGGGUUUGGAUGGGCUACAGACAAUAUGUUAAUACAAGGGCUAUCCCUAUCACUGACACCCGUAGCCCUUGAGUUCAACCCAGCCCGAGUCAGCUAUCUCGUUGUAGCCUUUUACGUUGGGCUUACUAUCGGGGCCACAAUCUGGGGCGUCAAUUGCGACAUAAUAGGGCGACGCCCGGCCUUCAACAUAACCCUGUUCAUAUCCGGAAUCUUCUGCUGCGCGGCCGCCGCAUCGCCAAAUUUUGGAACAUGCUGCGCACUCUGGGCGCUCGCGGGGAUUGGCGCGGGCGGCGGCGUGCCGGUGGACUUGCUCAUCUUUCUGGAGUUUGUCCCGCCAGGGCAGCAGUGGCUGCUCACGCUCUUAUCGGCCAUGUGGUGUGUUGGGCAGAUUAUCGCCGCGGUGGUGGGAUGGGGGUUGCUUCUUCACUUUUCGUGCGCGGCAGGUGAGGAGGGUGGAUGCAGAUGGGAGGACAAUAUGGGCUGGCGCUAUAUGUUGAUCACACUCGGCGGGCUUACGCUUCUUUUCGCGGUAAUCCGUAUUGCGGUCUUCGGUAUUCCAGAGUCGCCGCGGUAUCUGAUCGCCGUUGGGGAUGAUGCAGGUGCGGUAGCGUCGGUGGACUACGUUGCGCGGAAGAAUGAAAAGGUUUCGCCUUUGACGGUUGCGGACUUUGAAGCUGUGGAUAGACGCAUGGGAAUGACUAGCUCUGUGGAAGCUGAAAAAAAGAAGAGGAGUGUGCUAGGUGUGGUGGUGGCGUCGGUGAAGGACUAUCGGGGGAAACAUAUUAGGGCGCUCUUUUCGACGAGGAAGAUGGGGAUUCACUGUACUGUUUUGUGGACUAUUUGGGCGGCUGUUGGGAUCAGUUUCCCGUUAUACUUUAGCUUUCUGCCGAGUUAUCUCGCCGCACGAUUCACGACAACAAACACCCAAAAUGACGUCUACAAAAACUACUUCAUUGUCUCUAUCGUCGGCCUCACAGGCCCGUUCAUCGCGGGCUAUCUAAUUGAGACCCGCCUAGGCCGGAGAUGGGCAAUGGCAUUAGCCUUCACGGUUUCUGGAGUGUUUCUAUUCUUGUACACGAGGGCCGCCAGUGAGGCAGCCGACCUGGGGUUUCAAUGCGCAGUCUCCAUACUAGGAAACUUCAGCUACGCCAUAUUAUACACGUACACUGCCGAAUCAUUACCAGCACCGCACCGGGGCACGGGUAAUGGCAUCGCGUCGUGCCUAGUACGAAUUAUGGGGGUAUUCGCGCCGAUCAUCUCGGCGAACACGGGAUUCACAACUGUGCCGAUAUAUGUCAGUGCGGGGCUGUGGCUGCUUUGUGGGGUUUUGACGUGCUGUUUGCAGUUUGAGACAUAUGGUGGGUCGGCUAUAUAG